AUGUCGACUGACCUAGUCUUCGGUUCGGUUCCAGCUCUUUAUCGGGAGAUUUACGACAUCGUGUGUCCAAACCAAGAACAUGUGGAUCGUGAAAUUUUCGUUCAGAUGUUAUUGAAAACGAGUCUUCCUAAACAAGUGAUCAUGCAGAUAUGGGAAGCAGUUGAUUCAAAUCAAGGCAGUCUCAACCGGAAUGGACUCUACAAGGCGCUGGCGUUGACGGCGCUGGCACAGCAGGGGAAGGCAAUCAAUGAAAAACUACUAGAGACAUACUCAGGACAAGAACUUCCAAAGCCUAGCCUGGGUGAUCUGAGCGACCUGAAAAUCAUGAGUCAGCGUGUGCGUCGUGAUCAGAAUCCGAACGUUCUCGCUUUCAGUUAUAAUGACUUGUGUGAACUUGACACCGUUAAGGUGGAACUAGUGCCUGAAAAGAAAGGCUUAAUUCUGAAACAUGUGGAAUAUGAAGUGACGAGCCAGAGAUGUAAAGCAACUGUCCUACGUAGAUACAAUGACUUCAUCGCACUGUAUGAAUUACUCAUGUUACGGUACCCAUAUCGCAUCAUUCCAAGACUUCCACCCAAGAAAAUGAUGGGAGCUAGUCGAGAAUUCAUUGAACAUCGAAGGAAGUGUUUGCGGAGAUUUAUCAACAUUGUAGCUAGACAUCCUCAGAUUCACGAUGACAAAUUAGUUAAAUUUUUCUUGUCCUUUAAUGGAUCAGAUACACAGUACAAAAUUAAAGAACAUUUCCGUGGUGUUCCAGAUGAAUUUAUGACCAGCAAUUUGGCAAGCAAAGCAAAGGACCUGGUCCCGAUGGACACACAGACACAGUUGUCGAACAGUAAGGAACACAUCCGGGUGUUGUACAACAGUGUGUUGAAGAUGAAGGACAUUGCCGAGAGGAUGGUCCAGAGAGCGGUCGGCUUCGCCAGUGACAUGGCUCAGUUUGGCAGAGAACUCAGUUCAAUGAGCAAUGACUCGACACCAGUGUCUUCAUGGGCGACGGGUACGAAUGACACAUGGCACUACCUACAGAAAGGCUUCAAGCAUCUCUCUGUGGAGUAUGCGGUGCUGUCGGAUAAAUCAACGGUUGAAGCAGUGGAUGAGGAGGAGGGAUUGGUGGAGAGACUUUCUUUCUUUCUUGACCUACUUAAUGCAUACAAAGAUUUGUGUGACCGGCAUGAGAAGGGUGUGUUGAACGAUCACCAGAGAGCCAUUCAGAAAAUGGGACAGUAUAAAAAGAAAAAACAACAAGCAACAGUACAAGGGUCUGUAGAGACUGGGACUGUUGAACAACUUGAACAAAGGAUUCUAGAACAAGAAGGUCAGAUUGCCAACAUGGAGAACCGGAACUACUUUUCUCUGCACUGUCUUCAGAUGGAGACGCAGCUGAUUCACGCAAACCUCGACAUCUUCUUCGAGGUGUUCACCACGAUGACCGACGUCCAGGCUAAAGCACAUUCCGAACUUGCAUUUGUGUGGACUGAGAUAAAACCCAUUGUCCAAUCGCUUACUUCAAAAUACAGCUCAAAUCUUUCUUCACCUACAAGGACUUCUCCCGUUGGUUCGCCAAUGAACAGUCACCCUGGCAUUACUGUGUAGUCAGUGUCAAUAACCUGUUAUUUUUCAACUCUCCCCAUAGUAUCUUGGUGCGAAAAGGCAACAAGUGUCUGACAUAACCAGUAACAUCAUAUUAGAUGGGGUUUUUGUUUUUCACAUGGGUGUCCACAAACAUGUAGCCAAAACGUACCGGUGGCAAAAAAAAAAAAAAUGCAUUCUGUUUGGUGCAUUACUGGGCAUUAUAAAAAAAAUUAAAAAUUUAUAUAUAGUUUUGGGGUGGGUUUUUUUUUAGAAAGUUGGGGUGGGGUGGUUGAGGGGGAGUUAGGGGAGUUUUUUUUUUGGGGGGGGCGGGGUGUUUUGUUUAUAGAAGGGGAGGGAAUGGGGGAGGAAAUAAUCCUUUGUUUUUCCGCAGCAAAGCUGUUACCAUUGGAUUUUGACACAAUAGGUCAUGUUUGUCAUCUUGAUUUCCCUCCCUAUAAAUUAAAUUGCAUAUCAGUUUGAAAUGCAACCCUCACUCGCACCCCCUCGCCCACCCUCGCUCCCACUCCUCCACUAGCUCUUUGUUGGUCCAUCCGUCCAUUGAUAAUAAUUGUUGUACCAUUAGAUUGUUCAGGAGGGCAGGUACUUGUUCUGAGUAAACUACACGUUUAGAUGUGUUAAGUUAUUUUAAUAUCAAGGGCUGACAACCCAAACUAAGUAUAUGUCCACUGCUUGCCAAAAUUAGGGUAGUCCAGAAUUUAGAUUUUUUUAACUCUUUUUUUUUUUUUUUUUUUU